AUAUUCGCUUGUAUUACACACUAACGGCUGGUCGUGCGCUCGAAUCAAGUGAAGAAAAAAGUUUCAUGGAAAAACUUUGGAUUUUACUAUGAAAAUUGAUUUUACAAUGCAAAAAUAUGGAAAAUUCUAAUUGCAAUCAAAGCAACAAUAUACAAAUUAGUUAAAUUUUCUACUACGGCAAUAAAAAACAUCUCAAAAUGAUAUUUAGAUAACAAAAUUACGAAAUAUUUAAAUUCAUAAACAUGUCAUCAAUUAGCAAAAAUAAGAAAAAGACUGUAGUGAGAAAUAAAAAAUGUGGACUUCAACAAAAAUGUGAAACUUGAAGUGCGCUAAAAAUCAAGAGACACCGUGUACCGUGGCGAAUGUAGAACUUUUAUAAGUACCGAAAAAGAGAAGUAGCAAACAAGCAAAUCGAAAGUUGAGUGGUGCAGAGAAGCGGCGCAAGUGAAAUAGAUAUUGAAAAUAAAUCUGAAAUUAUAGGAAAAUAAAAAACCCAAAUAAAAAAUAAACAAAAAAUAACUACAAAUAAUAUGAGAAAAGUGUAAAAUUGUGCAGUUGAAUAAAACAUAACUGCCACUAAAAAACACAUAAUUGGACUCAAAAUUAGCAGCUCGGUCGAACGAGUUCACAGGCAAAUAACUGAAGAUGAAAUUAACCUGAAAGCACUGCACGCACACGCAACACCUGCAAUUAUAAUAAAACUAAGCGACACCGUUAAGGCGUGGAGUAGCCAAGAAAUUUCAGUCCAACAAUGCGCAACAACAUACAGAAAAGUCUGCGAAAAGAGUAAUUAAAUGGAAAUGAAGCAGGAAAAGUAAACUGGAACUGUGAACCGAGGUAUUUGAUAAAAAUCUGUAGCAAAUGCGAAAAGGUGGUCAAACAGAAAGCCAAAAACAAAAACAAAAAUAAAACAACUGCAGUCUUUACGCAAAAUUGUCGUUGGCGCUUGCGUAUACGCAACAACAAACGAAUUGUGCGGCGCUAGCCAGCGGGCUGCUAAUGUCAAGCCACGCCAGCAAACUUGUGUAACACAAACAACAAUUAAAAUUCGAAAACAAAGCCUGACUGCGUGUAGUUGCGUUUGUGCUUGUUGCUGUUGUGUUAUUAAUUUUAUUGCUGUACCCUAAAAACGUUUUGACUUAGCACGCACACAUUCCGCUGACUGCGCGCAGCGAAGACAAUUGGCAGUCGCACGUCUGUGGUGGUCGGAAGACUUGCACACGCGAGUUGUGACUGAAAGCAAAACGAACGUUUAGUUUUGUUUCAGUUUCAGACAACUUUUUCUUUUAUAUUAUUUUUAUAUUAUUUCGUUCUUCUGUAAUCUUUUCAUGCGACGCGUGGUUAGAAGCGUAAAGCAUAACGCACGCCGGCAAAGCACGAAUAACAGUAGAUAAAAAACACAUAGAACAAUAUGCCAAUAAGCACGCACUUAGUAACGAAAAUAAUACCGUAACAAAAUAAAAAAUAAUAAGUUACAGUGGAAGAAAUAGUUGUGGAUAUAUGCGACGAAGGACGCGCUCCAAGAAGCAGCGAAUGCAUGUGUGUGACAUAUUUGUAGCUAGCUAGUCAAAUAGUUGAACUGUAGCGUUAGAACCUGAACCUUUAGGGAGGACACCAACGCUUGCAGUGACAAACGGAAAGCAAGAUAAUAUUUUACCGAGCACUAUUUGCUAGCGAGUACCAAGCGAAGCAAUCAGUUAUCCUGCCAUUAAAAUAAAUCACGUGCAACAAACAUAACAACAGCGGAAGAAGAAGCACCAAUAUUACUGCUAAUACAACGGCCGCAGAUUGGCAAAUAUUUCCUAUUUUUGCUGUGUCGCAAUCACAAAUAGGCAAGCGUUAUAGCGUUGGCAAAAUACUUUUCCUUUAGUAUGCAAUAUCUUGACGCUGACGACAGUAUCGUGAGGGUCUUGCGGCAUAAUAGAAAAGUAAUAUAAUACGAUCGUAUCCCCACAGAAAUGAACAGAUAAAAUUGUGCUAAAUAUUCAUAAGCACAGCAGAGCGAGUGCAUAAAGCAGACAGCGUCAGGGCGCCAAAAGGAAAGCGAUAAAAAUAGUAAACGGAAGCUGCCAGCGUCACUGCAGCAAAAUAGACCAAAUAAAAUAUAUAUAUAUACAUACGAGACAACAACAAGACUUGCACAUCGACAUCAUCAAUAAAGCUAACUAAUACUUGAGCAACAAAGAAACAAACACAAAAGGCCAGAGCACAGCAAGUGGAGCAGCAAAAAAUAUUAUAAAAAUUCAUAAUCAAAGUUAUAAAAUACAAAACGCCCACAGCAGCAGCAGCAACAAACGUCAACAACAACAAACAAUAGCAACAAACGCCAAUCACAACAACUCAUCCAUCAUCGGCCAGCGUGUGCGCGUACAUGUGUGUGUGUGAGUAAUAUGCUGUAACAAGUAAGCUCCUCCUCCCUCCACCCCGACAUCACAAGCAAACGUCGUCAACAUCCACAGCUUUAACUUUAUUAAUACAAGCAAUUGCCAUUUCAUUCCGUUAGAACGGCAAUAUCGGGCCCCUCGUUAUUGGUUAUAUUGGUAAAUAUAGCGUCGUAAUACUUCGAUUCGCAUCAAUAUGGCCUUUAGCAGCAGUAGUAGUAGUAGUCGGUACGGUAUCAGUAGUGGCGGCGCUUACGGCAGUGGCAGCAUAUCAACGUGGGAUAGAUGCACAACAGCGUUGCUAUUGCCGCGAGCACGUCUCAUCACCCUCUGGCUGGCAUUCAAUUUAGCGCUGAUCGUACAGGAGCCAAUGAAGAAAAUCGCCUCAGUCGAUGCAGCGACUGGUGGCGGCAGCAUGUUGGGUGAUGUUAAUAUAUCCGCUAUUCUCGAUUCAUUUAGUGUUAGUUACGACAAAAGAGUAAGACCUAACUAUGGAGGACCUCCUGUUGAAGUCGGAGUCACCAUGUAUGUGCUAUCGAUCAGCUCGCUGUCAGAAGUUAAAAUGGACUUUACAUUGGAUUUUUACUUUCGUCAAUUUUGGACCGAUCCUCGUUUAGCGUAUAGAAAACGGCCUGGUGUAGAAACACUAUCGGUUGGAUCUGAGUUCAUAAAAAAUAUUUGGGUACCUGACACCUUUUUUGUAAAUGAAAAACAAUCAUAUUUUCAUAUUGCAACAACAAGUAAUGAAUUCAUACGUGUUCAUCAUUCUGGAUCAAUAACACGAAGUAUUAGAUUAACAAUUACCGCAUCGUGUCCAAUGAAUCUACAAUACUUUCCUAUGGAUCGACAGUUGUGUCACAUAGAAAUCGAAAGCUUCGGUUACACGAUGCGAGAUAUCCGGUACUUCUGGAGAGAUGGACUGAGUAGUGUUGGCAUGAGCAGUGAGGUCGAACUACCGCAGUUCCGCGUUUUGGGACACAGGCAGAGGGCGACCGAAAUAAACCUAACCACAGUCGGCUAUACAAUGCGUGACAUUCGUUAUAAAUGGAAUGAAGGUCCAAACUCGGUUGGUGUUUCGAGUGAGGUAUCUCUGCCCCAAUUUAAGGUCUUGGGUCAUCGUCAGAGGGCUAUGGAAAUCAGUCUUACAACAGGAAAUUACUCGCGACUCGCAUGUGAGAUACAAUUCGUGCGUUCGAUGGGUUACUAUCUCAUUCAAAUAUAUAUACCCUCUGGACUGAUCGUUAUUAUAUCAUGGGUAUCAUUUUGGCUAAAUCGUAAUGCCACCCCAGCUCGUGUGGCGCUCGGUGUUACCACCGUGUUGACAAUGACCACACUGAUGUCGUCAACAAAUGCAGCAUUGCCAAAGAUUUCUUAUGUCAAAUCGAUUGACGUAUAUCUAGGAACAUGCUUCGUUAUGGUCUUUGCCAGUCUUUUGGAAUACGCCACCGUCGGCUAUAUGGCAAAACGAAUUCAAAUGCGAAAACAAAGAUUUAUGGCGAUCCAAAAGAUAGCUGAACAAAAAAAGCAGCAACUGGAUGGGGUGCAACCACCGCCCAAUCCGAAUCCGAGUGCGGGCGAUCAUGGACAUGGGCAUGGUCAUGGCCAUAGCCAUGGUCAUCCUCAUGCGCCAAAACAAACAGUGAGUAACCGACCAAUUGGCUUUACAAAUAUACAACAAAACGUUGGCUCGCGCGGUUGCUCGAUAGUGGGACCCUUGUUCCAGGAGGUGAGAUUCAAGGUGCACGACCCCAAGGCACACUCCAAGGGCGGUACACUGGAGAAUACUGUGAAUGGCGGACGUGGCGGACCGCCGGUUGGACCACCCGGACCCGGACCUCAAGGCGGUGGCGGUGGAGGCGGCGGUGGCGGCGGCGGAGGUGGAGCGCCCGAAGGUGGGGACGCCGAAGCGGCAGUACCAUCCCAUUUAUUACACCCGGGCAAGGUAAAAAAAGAUAUCAACAAGUUGCUGGGCAUCACGCCAUCAGACAUUGACAAAUAUUCGCGUAUAGUGUUCCCCGUGUGCUUCGUUUGCUUCAAUCUGAUGUACUGGAUCAUCUAUUUGCAUGUGAGCGAUGUAGUCGCCGAUGAUCUCGUGUUGCUCGGCGAGGAGAAGUAAAACAACCAACAGUUAGCAUACAAGCUUACUAUUAAGCAUUGGCUGUAUGUAGCAGUGGCAGCUUGUAGACACGCUAGGCGUGUGGCAGCGUCGCAAAGAGACGGAAGCAAGCGCACCGUAAACAGGGAGUAUAGCAGAAGGCGAUUCGCAAUAGUUUAGUUAAGUUUAUAUUUUAAGUGAACACAGCAUAGCAAAACAGAAAAAAUUAGCAUAAUUAUUGAAAAAAUAAUACACGCACGUGAAGUUAGAUUAAUCAUGUAUUAGCAAAAGCAGUCAAGAGACGACGAAGGUAUUAGUUAAACAAUUAAUAAUAAUUUAUACUGUGCAAAAACAAAAAAUAUAUAUUGUUAUAAUUAAAAAUCAUGAAAAAAUAGGAAAAUAGUAAAGGGGAAACACGGAAAGAAAAUCAAAAUUAAAAUCAGUUAAAUUCUAAACGAAAGCAUGUCAACGUUCGAACACAGUAAAAUCAUACACAUACACUGGAAAAAAAUUAAAUACUUUAUAGACAUAUAACAGUUCACUAACGAGUAAAUAAACAGCGCAACGCUGAAGCUCAUUAAUAGCGAAGAAGUUGAAUGGAACAAUUUAAGCAUAAAAUACAUGACAUUGUAAGCGGUAAAAGCUCAAAUUACUUACAAUAAAUAUAAAAAUGAAACAGCGGUGCACAUAAUAAUGGAAGCAUUAUAAGUAGUUAACGAAAUGCCAGUGAAAUGCGUAAAAAAUUACAACUAAAUAGUUAAUAGUUAAAAAUGUGAGGAAAGAUAAAAAAAUCAAGCACACUUUCAUAUGUAUUACAACUAAAAUAAACACCCACACACUUACAUAAACUAUCAUACAUAAAUUAUUGUCGCAGGGAUACAUUAAAAUUUCCGUUGUAAUCAUUUUUUUGUUUCGAAUUUUUCAACUUACAAAUUUUAAUCCCGAAAAUAGUUUUCGACCUAAUCUCGAAUGAUAAUUCACGUAUUUUAAUAUUUUCUAAAAACAGUAAAGGAAAAAUAUAAACUUACUAGUGGAUCCGGCCACGCGUUGCUGUGGUAUACAUUUUAUAUAAUUAUUCCAAUAAUAAACUAUUCAAUACAGUGAAAAUUUUAUUUACGAAUAAAGGCGAACACGUUUUUGUCGGUGUAAGAAUCCAAGGGAUUGUACUUGAGAUUUAAUUUUGAAUAUGUUCAUACAUAUAAAUUUAGUUGGAAAAAAUAACGAAUUUAUGGCAGCUUUCUCAAUGUCUGGUUAACAGCCUUUCGGUCCACUUUAUAGAGUUGUUCGCUUAAUAGAGCUUUCACUGUACUUUUUAUUUAUGAAUGUUUUUUACUAUCCUAUCUUCGAAGUUGGUUCGAACCGGACACAGUGUGCUAAAUUUUACUAAAAUCGGUUCAGUAGUUUAGGAGUCUAUCGCGGACGAACAACGUGACACGUGAUUUUUAUAGUAUAUAAAGAUAAAUUCUUUAAAGUUAAUAAACCAUCUACAUGACUAACCCUUUUUAUAAAUUGCGCCGAGAUGUAUGCUAUGGAUAUUUUAAAAUUCAACUUAGGUUUAUUUAUUUAAAUAAAUUAUAACUGAUCUGCGUUUGGGCAAAGUUUUUUUUCAUGUCCUCACUUAAAUAACGUGCAUAUUGUUACUUGAAAUGUUGAAGCCAUCACUCCUGUUUAUGGUUUCAAAAUGCCGUCACUCUUUAUACAUCUAAUUCCCCAUAAAGAAGUUACCAUUUCAGUUUCGUUCGGAGUUGCUGAAGUGUUUAGUUGAAGAGCAAGGUUAUUUCGAUUUUCGACUACUUUCAAAGAAAAAUAAUUAAUCGAGAUCAUAGACACAAGCAUGUUGAUGAUCUUGAUAAAUGAGCGAAUCCCUCUUCCUAAGUUUUUCUGCGGGUAUUUGUCAAAUUUGUAAAAUUUUAAGUAUAUGAGCAGAUUCUGUCCAAGAAAUGUGCUUUGAUUUUUCCAUCUGAAACACUUGGAAAAUCGUAAACUGAUAAUACAUAGCAUGUGCUCAGGAAAACGAAGGGUACCUAAAAGAAAUUUAUGAAGCUGACGUAAGUUUGGAUUGUUAAAAUUUAACAAAAUUAUCGAUUUUCCGAUAAAAGCAAUGAGCCAAAUGUUGGAGAGACAUUUUUUCGACCUCUUCUUUCAAACCAACUGACCAAGCGUUUGUAAACAUUUGCAUGAAAUUUCAAAAUUUUUCUUUUUAAUAUUACUUAGUUGACAACUAACAAUAAUUAGUUUCAAGCAAAAUUCGGUAAAUUAUCACAUAGUUAUUUACAUACAGACUCAUUAAAAAACUAGCAAAUAUUUGCACUCGAGAAUAAGCUCAAUUAUUUAGUAUAAAAUUAUUUAAUAUAAAAUUCGUUAGCACACACAAACACAAGUUCGAAAACACUUUCGUCACACGAUUAAAAUGAAUAUCUGAAUUAUUAAAAAAAAUUUAUUUAUACACUGUUGCUGCAAACUGUUAGGUUUUUACGUUGUUUUUUGUUAGCGUUAUUAACAAAUUUUGAAACAAUUAGCUAAAUAGUUUAAAAUACUAUUAAAAACGUAUGUACAUACAAACUUAUAAAUUUCUACACUUUAGCGCUUCCAAAACUAUUUGCCAAAUUUUUUAAAAUUGCAAAGAAAGAAAUUCCUUAAAUUAGCACAAAUCGUAUAGACGUCACGGCGGAAGACGCACACACACACACACACAUACACAUGGAUGAAAGUAUGCGUGUGCGUAGUUAAACUCAAAGGUGUAUAUGCAAUAUAUUUAAGUUAGUGUAACUUACGGUUAUCUCAAUGCAUAGCUAAUAAAUUAAAACAAAAUUAUUGAUUUGUUUGAGUAUUAUAAAUAUUUUUUUUUAUUAUUUAUUUAUUGAUUGUUCAUUGAAAACACAAGCUAACAUUCGCACCCUUAAACCACGAAUUAAUGAAAAUUAAAAAUACGAAAAGUUCAAAAUCGGCAAAAUUAUGAAGCGUGCAACCGUUAGAAAUAAAUGAGCGCUGUUAAAUAAUAAUUGUAUUUUAGUAAAUUGCAACGUAAUAAACAGCACCACUGUUAGAUUAGUUAAAAUGAAACUUGACAUAACCCCUCCCCCAACCUAUAUAUGUAUGUAUUUGUAUGUAUACCCCAACGCAAAUGAACAAUACCCCAAUAUACUCGUAAUAUUUACGUGUUGAACAAUUAGAAAAAACAAAAUAAAACAUUAUAUAAAUAUAUAUAUACAUAAAUUUGCAAACAUUGCAAGUGACAGUACUAAACCAAUUACUUUAAAAAAACCAACUGACAAUGAGUAUGUAUAGGUUUUUGUGUAAACACCAUAUAUCUACUAACUAGAUAUGCCAGUAUGUAUAUAUAUGAACCAAACAAUACUAGAAUUAAAUAUAAAACUCGCUAACUAAAACUUUUAUUUUUUCAACACUUUUACACGUAAACACCCAAGCGAUUGCAGUACGUAAAAAUAUUGACGGUUUUUUGCUGUAAUUGCGCAUGGUUUUAUGUGAAACAAUAUCUCUGCACACACAUUAGUUAUACAUAUGUAUAGUAUAAAUGAAUAAUUUCACUCACUUUUAUAGCACCAAACACGGCUUGAAUGUAUGUACAUAUACUAUUUUAUAUAAAGAAAAAACAAAAAAUUAUAAAAGUACACACAAAAACAAAACCGAAAUUGCUGUUAGCAACAUGAAGUAGUGAACUGUUAAACAAACUACUAAUUUGUAAUGUAGUAAACAGCAAAAUAGCAGAAAAAAGUUUAAAAUUUAGCAUCCAAAUGCACGCGGCAUUGCGAGGUGCAUGAAGAAAGUUGCGUAAUAUGAACAAAAUGGUCCGCUAAACAGACAUACUGGACUAAAUAAAACUGCCUACAUAUAUAUUUACCAAAAAAAGCAAAUAAAAUAAAAUAAGAAAACAAAAUAGAAACAUAUAUGUAUAUAAAAUGAAAUAAAAAACUGCAAGUAAACUUAAAAAAACACUUUAAAAAAUUUAAACGAAAAGCAAAAUAUACUCAAAACCAAUUAUAUUUAAUUAUAAUUAAUUAAAAAAGAAAAAUAAUAGUGUGUGUAUGUACAAAUAACCGAACUGGUAAGAGAAAAAACAAAAUAAAAACUUACAGCUACACACACAAAUAAUGUAAUAACUAUCAACAAUAGCAACAAUAAGUACUAGAGCGGCUUUGGGUGCAAUAAAUCUGGCUUUAAAAAUCUCCAAAACUGCAAACAGAAAAACACAGCACUAAGCACAGCGCAUGUAUUGCAUUACAAAUCAAUGCCGGCGCUUUCACAACUAGUUCCAGCAAUACCAUUAAUGAUUAUUGCAAUUACAGCGCAUCAUACUUGAAGCGGACACCAACUGGCACAACUCGAACUUGAACCAAUUAAACAUAAAGACAAAGUAAUAAAUAUAAAUACAGACAAAACUUGAGUAGGAGCAAAACUUCGCAACUAAAUACUACAUGUGUAAUUUAAAGUAAAACUAUAAGUUUUACUUUAAAAUAGUUAUAGUGCAUAUAAUUACUGAUUAACAGCAAAUAGUUGCUUUUGUAAUUUAUUAUAGAGAUUUUGGUUUUAUUAGCAGCAAUUUAGGCUAUUUUGUUUGAUUUAAAAUAUGCAUCUUUUCAAUACCGGAGGUUAGGGAGUAACCCUGUAUUGGAAAAUCAUGACCCUAACCGAUGGCGAACUUAUACAAUUCAGUAAGCAAUUAUUAUUACGCCCUUCUACAAUUUCGUAACAGAUUUUAACAGCUUUUCUAGGUGUGGCAAAUCAUUCUUACUAAUUUCUGAAUAUAAAUUUCGUGGGAAAAGUCAAUACUACAAUAAUAAUUGUUUUUUUUUUUUAAAGAAAGAAAAUUCAAAAAUUUUCGAAUCUGCUAAAAAGCAUAUAGUAGUUGAGAAUAAAAACAAAGCUUUAGUUUUUCCAAAUAAUUAUUCCGAAAAUGUUCCAAAUUGCUAAUAAUAAUAUAAGCUUAAAAUAUAUAUUCUAUUGACAAGAAACCACACAGUUUCCAACUUCUCAUAAUUUCGUUGCCAAUCGUUCACAUUUGAUGUAAGUAUUUUCUUACUUUCAUAGUAAAAACUUCGCUGGAAAAUCUUUUUCCCAAACAUUUUAAACUUUUUAACACAUAACAUUAUAUUUGCCAUCAGCAUAGGUUUCAAUUCGAGCAUUCCAUAAACUAGCACGAAAUUUCAUAUAAAAUUUUUUUAACGGUCGCAAUAGAUUCAUGGACUUUUCCUCGUAGCUGAAGCUUCCGAUUUAGAAACUGCCAAAAAAUAUGAAGUGAAAUUCUUUAUCCUUUGAAAGUACAUUCGAUGCCAUUAUAUAUGAAACUCAAUUUUAAUUUCUUUUGCAAGGCUACCUCGAGCACAUUUGCAGAAGUCCAGACGCCAUUUCGUGAGAUAAUAUGUUUACCAAACCUGGUUUUCGGCUUCAGUUCUUGCGUCAAUUUGAUCUCGUUUGCUGUCCCUAACGGUCUAUUUUUUAACUUUUUAGCGUCCCCAUUGAAAAAUCCUAUAUUUACUGAAACUGUGCUUAUUAAAUGUUUCUACGGAUAUAGGACAUUUGCAUUCUACAAAAGACUUUUCCAAUAUUUUCGAACGAAUUUCAACCGCUUAUUGGAAAAGUGCCACUUUUGUAACAACUUUUCAUCGCAUACACUCUAGGAUGCUUACCAUAUGUUGAGGUCAAAUUUUUGUCUACUGUUAAAAGUUCAUACUCUCAGCAGCUAAUAGGUAAAAUUUUCGAAUGAAUAAUGCUUAUAUGAUGUUCUAGUACCCUAAAUAUUGCGAACUAAUGUGCAGUGAAGUUUAUUUUCAACAGUGAAUUUGAAAGUAGCUGUUAAUGUAUUCCCUUGGUGUUUUCAACCCUGUUUUUGAUUUUCAUAAUUCGUGAAAGUUGGAGUAUAUAUACACAAAUGACGUCGUCUGUUCAGAUUUUAGCUUUAUACCAUGUACGUUAUAUACCCGAAAAUCAGUUUUCGCUUGUGGCCUAUAAAAAAAGAAAGUUUAUUGCCUGUUCAAAGUAGCUCUUGUUGCAAAAACUAUAUUCUCUAACAACUUAAUUUUGCAUUCAUGUUUCACAAUUCUCUCAUUUUAUAUUCUCUUAUGUUAUUUUCUUUCUUCUGUAAGUACAUAACCAAAAAUUGUUGUUCGUGCAUAUUACAGAUAGUAUGUAGUCAUAAGUAAGUUGUAAAUAAACUGUUUUUAUAUAUGCUUAGUCAGAAGUAGUGUUAACGCCCACAAAAGCAUUAAACGCGAAGCAGAAAUUAUGUAAAAAAUAAAAAAAUUAUGAAUAAGUGCAUACAAUAGAAAUAAUAUGUUUUAAAGUAGUAGUUAAUUAACUAACUAUUUUUUGUUUGUAAAUAUAAUAUAUACUACAUAUAUAUAUACAUAUAUAUAUGCGUACACUUUUAAGGUAGUUGUAUAAUAAUUUCAGAAGGUUUACUAAUUUGAUAUUUAUAGCGGUCGGUUUGCACAAAUACAUAUGGUUACAUAUAAUAAUUUAUGCAUUAUAUGCAACGAUGAUAUUAUAUAAGCACAAGACAUUGAAUAAAAACCAGUAUCGGUGUAUAUAGAUUUAUUUUUUGAAAGACAUUUAAAUUUUUAAAAUAUUUGGGUAAUUUUUUUUUAAAGACUGUACUUUUUGUUUUAUAACCACAUUUUGUUUUGAUUUAUCGAAAUUUCUUAUAUUGCAUUUUGCAAUUUAUUUUAUAUGCUGAAAUUCUAAAAUACUUAUAAAUACAUUUUAGUUGUAUUGUAAUUCUAAUUUUAUAUCUGUAAGAUAUUUUAUCAAAGUGGAGAAUAGAAAGCAAUAUUUUUAUUUAUAUUAAGUAACGAUAGACUUGACUAUAUUUUAUGAGGAAAAUAUUUGAUUUAUAUUUUUGCAUUUUAAUAAACGCCUUCGAUUCGCCCAACGUCGGAGUGUGGAAAAUGGAACAAUAUAUAAAGGGUGAUUCACAGAAAGUCCAAAUUUAAUGAAUAACGUUUAUUACCAUUCGAAAGGGCAUUCUUCAACAUUUAUUAUCUGAAGAUUAUCUCUUUCAAAUGUUGGUAGGGGUUACGUCUCAGAUGGUCCAUCUGAAGAAAUGGCGAAUCGAAGACACGUAUUAUAAAUCUGAGCAUGCGAAGAUGAGAAUGAUUUCAAUAUUUGCUUUGCCAAAAUUUAAUAAGUUAUAAGCACCUGUUACUAGAUUCUAAAUGGAAGAGCAAAUAAAAUUAUUUUCACAUUAUUAUUAUGCAAAUGAAAAUAACAUAUUCCUUAAGUUAGCAAUGAUCAUAACUGCACAACGGAAAUAAACAUUCUUAAGUAUUUUAAUUACGCGAAGAUAAAAUUGUAUAACCACCAUUGGCUAUAAACCUAACAACGCAAAGAACCGAGCGAAAACGUUAAAUAAAUUUAUACUGCAGAAAAGCUCUUGCAAUCGGAACCUCAUAAGAAAAUGUCGAAAAAAUUCCAUUUUACCACACCGUAAAGAACAAACCAAAAUGCGGAGUUGAAAACACUUUAGCUACCAGUAAUUGAAUGGCUGGUGCGUUACUAAACACACACACACACACACCUGCAACCCUAGCACAUACGUACCCAUGUAAUUAAAGCCACUAAAUAAAACAAAGCAAAAUAUAAGGUACACCAUAGCACGCGUGAUGUUUCACAAUGUAACCAAUAUUAUUGAAAAGGGAAUACAGUUGUUAAAACAAAAACAAAAAACUUACAUAUAAAUAAUAACAAAACAAAUAAAAAGUCAUUACUAAAAUAAAUUAUUAUGAAAAUGAAAAAAAUGGUGAUAAAAAUUGUUUAUAAAAUAGUAGUUAAGUCUAAGUUAAUAUAGCAAACGGUAAUUAAAACUCAAUUAAAUAAAUAUAAAAAUAAAUAUUUUUAGUUGCAGUAAAGUUGAAAAAAUAUGAAACAAUUAAGCGCUUAGAAAUUUUGACCAAAAACAAAAUUGUGAGUAAAAUUUUUAGUAAACAAAAAAAUGUGAAAAAUUUACAAAAAAAAUUGAUACAAGAACAAAAUAAGCAGCUCAUCGGUUUCGGAGCCCUGUUUCUAAAGCAUUUUUCAUAUUUUUUAGACGCACUUUUUUUAGGGAAAUAAAAUUAAUUUCGUUAAACGUUAUAAAAAUAAAACAGAAACUUUUUUAAUUAGUCUUAUUCGAGUACUUUAUUAAGAACAGUCAUUUUUUAAAUUUAUUAUCUAUUAUAUUUUUCUACAUUAAUACAAGUAUGUGCCGUUCUUUUGAAGCAUUUUUUUUCCUCAAAACAAACCAGUAUUCUACAUUCAAAAAGUUAGGUAAAAAUAUUUUGAUUUUCUUGACGACCAUGUCGAAGCUGUUUGGGAGACAUUUAUGCCACGUUUGCAAAAAAUCCGUUUUCUGUUCCAGAGAAAACGAGAUAAAGUGAAAAGUAAUUUCAUUAAAUGGAAUUUUUAGUUACAUAAAAAUGAGACUCUAAUCGAUUAAAUAUAGACCAUAGAACUUUAAACAAAGAAAUAAAAUGAGGUUUACUCUGUCUUCUAACAUUUUUUCCGAACACUUCCCUGUAGUUGAGCCCUUUAAUAUACAUAUCUAAACUAAGUAUGACAUUAUUUUAUUUAUUUCGUGGAAUAAAGUAAUUUAUCGCUCUGCAUAAUGAAUUUAAAAAGCUAAAAUCUUAAAUAAGUAACGGGUUUACCAAUAAGAGUGAUAUAGUUUCUUUACAAAAAACAAACAAAAAAACAAUAAUUGUUGACGAAAUUCAAAUCGAUACAAUUAAGCUCUGAAUAUAACAUCAUUCAAAUGGCUUCCACGAAUUUUUUUGCAGGAAAGAGUUCAAUGAAACCAAUUUUAAAGUACUUAUUCCACCAAAUCCAGUCGUAUUUCAUCAAUAGCACGUUCAUUUCGUUGAUGCCAUUCAUAUAUCAAUUUCUUGAAAUAAUUUGAUCUCCAAAUUUUGUUGUUGCAUGUGGUGUGUGGCACGUAGCCCCGUCUUGUUGGAACCAUAUGUUGUCAAGAUCAACUUCUUCCAAUUGCGUCCUUACUAUAUUAGAUCUAUACUAAUCUCCAGUGAUAGCAACGGCGUCACCAGCUUCAUUUCGAAAGAGGUACAGACCGAUGAUUCCACCAGACCAAAAAUCACAACAAACUGUCCAUUGAGGUGAGUGUAAUUGUUAUUCACGAAUAAUUUGUGGAUGUUGUUCUUCGCACCAGAAUUGACAGUUUUGUUUAUUUACCACACCACUAAGAUGAAACUGAGCUUCAUCAGAGAAGAUGAUUUUUUUAAAUUGUUAUCGUUUUCAAGUGUUCCAAGGCGAAAUCAGCAAAUUUAUGAUGUUUGGCUUCAGUUCUUGAGUGAGAAUAAAUUUAUACGGAUAUAAGUAAAAAUCCUUUCUUAAAAUCCGUCAAGUUGUGGUUUGAAACAGUCCCAAAAUGAAAUCGGCAAGCUCCGGUCUUCAGCAACACUUGCCUGAACGGCAGCAAUAUUAUACGUCGAGCGGUUUUUUGCCUUAUUGGUACUUGAACAUUAUGUAAAGAAAACAUAGGUACGUCCGAAAUUUUCAAUAAUUCGACGAAUAUUGAGCACAGGUGGACGAUUAUUAUGACCAUAAAAUGACAAAUGCACACGAAAAGUUGUAAUUGGAUAAUAGUUGUCUUGAUAAUAAAACAAAAAUUUGUAAUCGGCUGUCCUUGCGCAUGUGCUUCCACGAUCAAAUUUUAAAUGUUAUUGAAUAGAAUGAAAUAUAAUAUGAAAAGUGGCCGAAACGAUACUUACAAAUCAUAUUGUCCCUAUUGGAAAACCCGGUACUUCACUUAAAGCUCAUGAGCAUCUGUAAGGCUUGAGUGCAAUGUAUUUUCAACAUUUUUGAAAAUGUGAUAAAAACUGUGGGAAUGAAUGUUUCUUGCCUAGUUUUUGCAGAACCGGUUCGAGUUUCAACGUCUGGAUUCAAGCGAGUAGAUUACUCUGAUAUGACUGUUGGGUUAUUUCACUAAAGAAAUAACUAUUUCAAAUUCAAUAUUUAAAUGCAUGGUUCUCGGCUUUUGAGUUUAGCUUAUGACGGGUUGACUUGUGUUAUAAAUACUAUUAAUUAAAAUUUUAUUAAUUUUUAAUACUUUGUAUUUGAAAUUUCAAGUUUUGUUUGAUUGUAGGUAAAAUUAAAAUACUUGUUUAGAAAAAUAGCUGUGGUUUUUAUAAGUUUUUUGAAUGUCAAUAAUACUAGUUAAAAUAUAUUGACUUAUUUACUAGCUUUUGUUUAGUUGUAUAAGAAUUUUAUUAAGUUUGUGUUUCAGUUUAUUUAAUUUACUAUUAUUUAAUUUUAUAUUACUUAAAUAAAAAAAUAAGGAAGUUACUUUAACAAACUUACAUUAGUUUUAAAUUAAAAUACUGUAAUAAUUUUCAUGGCUCAUUUUCUAAUAUAGUUUUUUCUUCCACAAGUUUACAAAAAAUUAAUGUAAAGAAAAAAAGGAUAUUAAAGCAUUUCUGGAGACUUGUUUUAGACAAAAGCUCCAACGGUUUUACAAACAAAUCUAUAUAUACAUACAUAUAUAUAAAUAAGUUAUAAAUAAUUAUGCUAGUAUAUCGUCAAGUAUAUAAGAGACACACACAUCUAUACGUGCAUAUGUACAUAUAUAUGUAUAUUGUGUGCGUUUACAAAAAAAAGAAAUAAAUACUAAAACCACAUAAUUAGUUAUAUGUUAUAUUAGAAUUAAUGAUUAUUAUUAAUAUUAUUACAGACACAAUGAAAUUCUAAAGAACCUAGAGGUUUAAGUUAGCUGCUAAGUAAAACCUAUGUGAGAGUAAAACUAAGCAUUAACCAAAAUGGCAAACAAAAAUAUGAAUAAAUAUAAUUAAUGUUAAAUGUUUUAAAAUGCACGAAUGUUUUAAUAAAACUACAAAAAAAAAACAAAAAA